UUGUAUUUGUUCGGAUUUAUGUUAAUGCUAUGCAUAUAUGCAAUUUAUAUAAAUAUUUGUUUAGUUGGCACAUUUAUAAGACUAUAAAUCUAUACAUAUUAAAGGAUAUAGUUCUUAUUAAAUAAAACUAUAGCAAACAAGGAUUUUAUUUUGUUUCGUUCAAAGGUUUCCUUAUACUGCAUUACAGACUCGAGAACAUGAGUUCUUUGUCAGAUGGAAUUUCAAAAGAAUUGCCAGUAGACGGAAACGAAAAACUUGAUAGACAUAAUAAUACACGGAUUAGACAAGAGAACAUGGACGCUUCUUCGGAUGAAACUCCAACAGAAAUGUCAGUAGACGAAAACGUUAAACUUGACAGAAAUAAUGGAACAAGAUACACAUUAGAUCUCCAAGGCAGUUGUAAGGAAGAAUGUGGUAGUGACUAUAUUGGUGGCCUAACAAUCAAAAAUAAAACACUACCACGUGAUACGAAACAUGUAUCGUCUGUUGAUGAAAGAAAAAGAGAUUCAAGACUGAAUUAUGAGACGAUCAAGGACGAUAAGUAUACACUCAAUUUAAAAUCGAUUAAAGUGGUUGUCUCCGAUGUCGAGAUAAUCGGUAAUAUCACAGAUGAGGAGGCAUCUAAAAAGAAUAUAAUGUGUAUUGCUGCAAGCUCAGAAAACAUUUUAGAGACGGAAAGUAUGAACUACCCUAUCAAGAGAAAUCCAAAUAAUGAGAGUUCUUACCAAAAUGAUAGUAAUGAUCAUAAUCAGACUGUCAAUUCAAAUAUGACAUAUAAUCUACAAUCGGUGGAAACGUCAGAGUCACUACAAAACACGGACUACGACAGACACUAUUUAGACAGAAAGAUUGAAAAGGAAAAUGAUGAUUUGGACACAACCUAUGAUAUUUUGGAAAACCAGGAUAGAAAUGAAAAUAAUGAGACAUCCGAUACCAGCUUAACAAACAGUGAACAUAUACAUGCGGAACCACACACACAGGAAAGUCAAGAUAUGAAAACAAUCAACGAAAGAACAGAUGGCUAUCAGAAAACUACCUUGAAGUUAGAUUCCAGUUUAACAGACAGCCAACUAAAUGAAACCAAGCAAGUUGACAGAAAAACUUUCGUAACAAAUGUGGAAAAAUCAGAUGACUUUCCUGAAACAACCCAAAAUAUUUCUGAGAGUGCAGAUCGUAAUGAUAAAAACCAGUCGUUAGAGUCAACAGUUACAACCAACGCUCAGAUCUUUCAUAAAUCAAAGUCGCAAGGAAGGCAAAAUUUUGAUAAAACACAAGUAAAAACAAAGGCAGAAAAAGCAGACGAGGAUCUAAACACAAACAAAGAUAUUUCGCAAAAAGAGGAUUGUAAGAAGAUAGUUGAUUCCGGCAUCGCACAUAGCUCACGGAGUACAGAGACAUUACAAAGACAAAAAAACACGUUAACAGAAAUGAAAACAAAAGAGGAAAAAACACAAAGUGAACUGGAUUCAAGUCCAGAACAAUUAAGCGUAUAUCUGCAGACACUACAGCAGCAAGAUAACCCAAAAUCUGAAGUCAAAGAUCAAUAUAAGGAAACGAUUAAAUAUGAAACAACAAAGACAAAAAGACAAUUAGCUAUUGAGGACUUCAUGAGUAAAUUUGGUUUAGAUAAAGUAUAUCCUCAGAAAAUUACACUGUUGGACGUGAUGACAAUACAAUCACCAGCAGCAUAUACCCUAUCCCAAGUACCAUGGAUGGUUUUGAAAAAUCUAAUGAUGAUGAACUCUACCUGCCGCGACAAAAUGCUGCAAGAAUUUCUAGAAAGAAUAUCUUCAGAAAAUUUAAAUGAAGAAAAAUCCAAUUCAUCUAUUGAAAAUGAAGAUUCAUGGUCAGAUUUAAGUAUGUUUGACACAGACAUAGAUGACACGCAAAUUAAAGUGAACCCGCUUGACCUAUUGGUAGCCUUAUUCAUUUGCAGUUCUCAAUCCCUCAGGAAUAUUUUAGUAGCAAAAUUAUUCACGUGCAAACUAGCAAUUCCUCUUGUUAUUCCAUCUGCAAUAAACGAACUGACUUUAACAAAUUCUUUACUUUAUUCAAUAGUCCUGGACGAAAAAAUGGACAACAACCUAGUUAGACAAGUAUUAGCGAUAAAUUGCAAUUGUCAUAUUUUAAGCUUUGUUCGUUUCGGAAGACCAUCAAUUUCAAAGUCGAAACUGAUCAACACCAUACUUUCUGACAGCACACAUGAAACAUUCUUUAAUGAAAACUGUCCCCUAGGAACUACACCAAAAACAAUUAGCCAAGGUAUUAUAGAAGCUGCUUGGUUCCUUCCAUCGGGUGAAUUAAACAACUUUGAAAAAAUCACGAUGUUUCUGAAUUUAAGAGGGAAUUCUAAGACGGAACCAAAACAACUACAAUUACUCUCAAGACUUUCCUCUGUGAUUGUAAUUUUAGUUGAUCUAGACAAUCUUCAGGACAUAAGUACGCAAGAAAUGUUGAAAGAAUUGCAAAAUGUUGUUACGGGGGGUGUUGUUUUAGCUUUAGAUGCAUACAAAUAUGACAAUAGAACGUCUAGAGAAAUCUGUCAAAAGUAUUUAAAACAGAUUCCUGUACAAAACAUGAAAACUAAACUGUGUCUUUUAGCUGUAAAUAAACAAAAUACGUCCGCAUCUGAAAUAAAAAAGAACCUACACUUGCAAUUAGCAUCUCUGUUAAAGAAGAUCGAUGUGGAACCUCUUUCUACAAGGAUAGAUGCAGAAACUGACAGUGAUAUAACUCGGAAUAAAGAAUCCGAUUACCUUAGAAAGGCUAAGGAAAAGGUGGAAAAUAUAUUAGAAUGCCUUCCUAGAGAUGUUAUCGAUGUUAAGGGACUUGUAACUCCCUUACAAGGAAAACCUUGGCAUGAAUGGAGCAAAAGUUCAAAAAUUGUUAACAGGGCAUCAAAAUGCACCUCACUAAAAGAACGAUCAACUUACCAAGAAAAAAUGAAAGAACAGCGUCAGAUACAACUUACUACCAUACAGAAUAUGCAUCCGUUUAUUGAAAAGACACUAGAUACAUUUGACGAGUUUUCAAACAACGAAGAUUGUUUUGUUUUGUUCACUGAGUGGAUGAAACUUAUGUUGAAUGAUCGAUCGAGAACAGUUACGUCUUAUUGUCUUGCAAAAUACCAAUCUGACUGUCAAAGACUUGAAUCAGCAAAAAUUGAAAACUGUGAGGUAAACGAAGCAGAAGUAGAAGUGAAGAAGAGCAGAUCAAAUCUAAAUAAUGCUCCUUUUCGGUUUGAACAUUUAAUUAGAGAAUGUGGACAAAUAUUCGAAUCAGUUGAAACAUGUAAAGGUUUCGUUAAAGAUAUCAGUAAUAAAAUUCGAAUUUUAACAACACAACUCCCAAAAAUUGCGGCGAAACUUCUCUUACUUGGUCAGCCCAUGGAAAUUCUUGAUGGUGAUACAACACACGUUCCAUUGAUGUGGGUUGAAGCUGUUCUUUUUCACGUCAAAGAAUUGAUUCAAGAUAAAAAGCUCUUGUCUAUUUCAGUAGUUGGCCUCCAAAGUUCCGGAAAAUCAACACUUUUGAACGCACUGUUCGGGUUACAAUUCGCAGUAAAUGCAGGAAGAUGUACGAGUGGUGUUUUUAUGCAAUUGGUUCCCGUUAGCAUGGAAAAUUCUGGGUUUGACUAUAUUGUUGUCUUUGAUACGGAAGGUUUGCGUUCUCAAAGACAUGCAGGCAAAGAUGAAUUAAGACAUGAUAAUAUGCUUGCUACUUUUGUGAUAGGUUUAGGAGAUAUAACAAUAGUUAAUGUGAAGGGCGAAAACACGUCGGAAGUUAAAGAUAUCCUUCAAAUAGCAGUUCAUGCUUUUUUGAGACUAAAACUUGUCAAUAAAAGUCUGAAUCUUAAACAAAGCUGUUUAUUCAUACAUCAAAAUGUUUCCGAUGCCGGUGCAAUCAGUAAAAUGCUGGAGGAAAGGCAGAUAUUUGUUCAAAGUUUGGACGAAAUGGCAAAAGCAGCAGCCGACCAAGAAGACGUGGCAGAUAUUCAAUCGUUUAACCAAAUAAUUGAUUUCGACUGUGAGAAAAAUGUUUCGUAUUUUUCAGAUCUUUGGCAUGGAGAUCCACCAAUGGCACCCGUUAAUCCAGGUUAUUGUAAACGUGUUGGUGAAGUUCAGAAUACAAUCCUGGUCAAUCUUGCAGCUAAAAGAAAAACAUAUCUUACUAUUUCAGACACAAUUACACGCAUAAAAGACAUUUGGACAGGAAUUUUAAAAGACGACUUUGUAUAUGGCUUCCGUAACAAUUUAGAACGAAAGGCCUCCGACGAUAUUGAUAGAGAGUAUCAUGCCAUCGUAUGGGAACUGGAAAAGUUCAAGUAUAAAUUUGUAACGUCAGCCGAAAUGGGGAAACUUAGUCAGGACUGUAUUGAUAUAUUGGACGAGUCCGUAAAUGACUGUCUUCGUACCUUUUCCACAGAAUUAGCAACCGAAAUGAAUGCUCAGAGAGAAAGGUUGGUUUCUUUCAUUGAAACAAGCAAUUUAACAGAGGUCAUGAAUCAGUGGAAAGAAGAAAAACUUAGAAGAAUGAACCUAUUAUCUGAAAACUUGAUAGUUCAAACGAAAACUGACAUGAAUAAAAUAAAAGAUGAAAUAAAAGCGAAAAAGAUUCAAACAGAAGAGAGAGUAAAGUACGAAAAAAAAAUUAAUGAACUUGCCCAAAAAUUAGCUAGGGACAUGCAAGGUGUUCAACCGAGUAUUGAAUCAAUAAAACAAAAGUUUGACCAGAUGUGGAAUAUUUGGUUGAAUGAGUUGAAUUUUAGAGAUAUUAAGGACUCAUCGUCAGUCGCAGAUCGAAUUGACGCAAUGCUUGUUGAAGAAUUUCAAUCUGAACUUGGUUUCAUGCACAGCAGGAAGGGUUACUGUGAAGUCAGAUUAGAGUAUUUGAAAGGGAGCAUUUUGUGUGAUAGUAUUAUGGAGGGACAUAUUAGCGUGAAGAAAAAGUUAAAUGCAGAUGAGCCGGAGGAAGAAUCGUUUGAUGAGCACAGGUUGCAAGCUGUGUCAAUUACUGAUAAAAUUUUCGAAAAAAUAGAUAGAAAAACAAAGGAACUCAGCAAGCUUGAUGUACGAUUUGAUAACAUAUACGUCCGUGAAAUCCUGAACAUUAUAUCUGCUAGCUUUAAAGACCACAACGAUCAUAUUUCCAAUGACUACAGCUUUAAUUUGAACUCUACAUAUAGAGCCUUCAUAAUAGAACAUGUCGUUCGACAUUUAGUAAAUAUCUUUACUGAUUUAGAUCAACAAUACGAGUCAAAACAUAGUCCUCGCGGUCAAAUGGAGCAGUAUAAACACACAGCCUGGACCCUAUGCACAAAUUUAGUGGAACAAAAAGCAGAGGAUAUGAUUUUAAUUGGCUUUUUCAAAGACGCAAUAAUUAAAAUAGUUACUGAUCAUGUUUCUAAGUUAAUUCCUAUCGAUGUAGCAGACAAGGUGUUAGUAUCAUUUUCGCAAGAAAAGUAUACGGUGAUGAAAACAAUAAUGAUCGAACUAGCAAGAAACGCAAAUUUUGAUGGGUACAUGGCCUUUGUUAAGGAACCAGCGGCUUUUACUAGAAAUUGGCUUUCGGACUUUUUGUACAAAUACAUUUUCCAUAACAAAACGGAUGGUGUCCACCAUUACGGCUUACUUGCAAAGACAAGAACAACCAAACUAUUUGAAACGGUAUCAAUGGCGAUAUCUGAAACCACAUAACUCUUAGAAAAAAUGAAGAACAUUGGCUCAUCUAAAUGGAUCAGUGUCUUUGUUGGCAAAAUGAAAACAUAUGAUAUUUUACCAGUUACUGAGGAGUUUUUUGUACAUGUACUUUGCCGAAAUGUAUCCGAUCUUUCAAAUUUUACGAAGGUUCUUUUCGAGGAAAUGAAGAAGGUAGAAAACCAAGUCAACAAAACAUUUGCUGAAACCUCAAGUGAUGACGUGAAGUGGGAGACAGAUGUUCUUAGUUUAAUUAUGGGAAAGUUAUGGGGCUGUGAGGCAAAGUGCAUGUUCUGUGCAGAACCAUGCAUGAUUACUGACAAAGAACAUGUUAAGUAUGGAAGACUGCACCAAUGUAUACAACAUCGCCCACAAGGCAUCAGCGGAUUCACUUACGAGUGGAACAAGUCACUUGUAGUAAACUUUUGCAAUGAAAUAAUCCAAACAGAAGCUGACUAUGUAACUUAUGACAUAGAUGAAUAUAAGGGGAAAUCACGACAAUAUAAAGACUACAAAAAACAUUACCCAGACUGGGACAUUCCGCCAACACAUGACACAUCAAAAUACUGGAUGUACGUUAUGUGCACUUAUCAGCAGAAACUUACCGACAGAUAUCGAAGGAAGACACUUCCCGAUAUUCCCGCUAUUUGGUACGAUAUAACACUUGAAGAAGCCAUAAACAGCUUGUAACAAUGUUUUCCCAAAGUGCGUGAUAUAGCAGGCAAGGAACUGCAAAUAGCGAUUAAUAUCACUAUUGUUUUCCCUUAUUAGUCUUUGUUGAAUUGACAGUUUUCAAAAAAUUGUGCAUAAUUUAUCUUUGUUUAAAAAAAAGAAAUACUUGGCAUGAGUAUGGUUUUAUUCUGACCAGUUCUACAGACAAAUUAUCCAAUCAAAUUUUCGCCCCUUAUUUCCUGUUUACAAGCUUAAGUAACCAUGAAACCUCAAGUUUCAACAUUCUAAAUAGAAACACCAAAUAAAAAAGCAUCGAGCUUUGAAAUAAUUAAGAAGUAUGUUUAUGACUAAAGACAAAUUUCUGUUAUGAAAUGUAGGGCCAAGUUCCUACAACUGUCAUAUUCCAAGGAAUAGUUUCUUUCGAUCCUUUUUCGUAUGAAACCGGAUGUGACGUACUAUAUAUAUUGUGUUUCACAAAAAUCCUAUUUGACGUGAAGGUGGAAAAGAAAGUAGUGUCAACUUUUUAUAGACAUUAAAGUUGUCAACUUAAUAUAUAAAACUGCAAAAGAAUAUGUACUGUUCAUUUUAGACAUUCUGUGUAAUAUGAGAUUUCUGAUAAUUUCUGUAUUAUAUAUUUAGAUUUUUUUAUUCAUUAUUUGUCAAACUAGGCAUAUUUAGAAUUCACUUUGUUCAUAACGACAUUUGAUUUGUAUAUAAACUAACAUUUGUUUUAAUUAAAAAGAUCUUUAUUGUGUUGAAUCUAUUGAGAUUUAAUUGUUUUAUAUUCCAGAUUUAAUUCAUUCUUUAAAUUGAUGAAAUAGUAUGGUUAGUCGGUUGUCACAUGACCAUUACUAAUAUUCCCACUUUAACUGUUAUAAUGGAAAAGUAUUAUCAUUUUUAUGACGAAUGUAAUAAUUUAAAACACAUUUCGUCUAAUUUAUGAGCAAAGGAAGAUAUGUUAAUCAGAUUAUUUUUUUAUUUUAUUUUAUUGUUAUUAUCGAUUGUUACCAAAAUGUAGUCUUUAUUUUUGUCACGAAUAAUGAACAUAUGAAUGAAUUAUUUAUGUUUUAUUUACUAUGUAAACGAUAUAUAUGUUAACAACGUAGGAGACUUUAAUUUCUUUUAGUAACUUAAUUGUAACCACUUUCGGUAAUUAAAAUGAAAAUGUAAUACAUUUCCAAUAUCAUAUUGCUGAGCUUAACAUCAUGAGACUUACAUAUAACAUGUAUAAGCCUGAGGUGCCAAUAGAGGGUCUGCUGUUGGUCGUAAGAUGAUAGCCUGACAGAUAUGGAUAAGAUCAUGCAUUGUUCUAUUUAUCAACAUAAAUACGAAAACGUUCCUGAAGUUUGUGAUGAUAUUUAACAAUGAUCCAUGGCGUCAUUUACAAUCUAAAAAAGGAAUGCGUUUUUUCAAUAUUGUUAACGUUUUAUAACAAAAUGCAUAUUAAAAUAUUGAUUUUAUAAUAAAUCUAUAAACCUUAAAUUUGUAUGAACCUGUUUAUUAUUUUAACAUAUAUCAAACGACCGAAAGUGGGCCUCAAUAGGACGUAUUAUAUACCAAGGUAUGGUGACAAGGGAUGCUACUUCAAUUUGUAUUACAAAUGCAGAAUGUAGCAUAUUUUCUUUAAGUAUGUGAUAAAUGAUAUUAUUCCAUAUAAGCAUGAUUUCAGUAGGUUUUGCAUUAAAAUUCAUAUGUUUAAAGAUGCUUAUUCGCCUGAAGAAAAUGUAUACAACUGCUAAAAAAGGUUAAAAACUAUAUUCACCCAGCACAUUUCAUGUAAAAUUAUGUUAAUUGUCUGACGUAUUAUUCUUUACAAAAAAUCAUAUUUCUUUAAUUUCUUUAAAUUCUUUUUUUUUUUUGUUGAAAUAUGGACUUUAACAAUAAAUAUUUAAUCAACUUUUACUUCGGUCAACAUGUUAUUUAAUUGAUUUUGAAAAAAUAAAUAUUCACUUCGAUCGUUUGAAUUAUAGGUAUACCAUAUUAUUUUCUUCGCUCAGUUAAACUUAAUCAGAAGAUAGCAUUUAAGUCUCAAAACGAAGUUUGUUAUUUUGGUAAUCGCCAUCCCUUGUCUUUUCAGAAUGUUCAAAUAACUUGUAAAUGGUCUGAGAUCCCCAUCAAUAAACCAUAUACUUUCUCCAAUGACAUGUAUGUUAACUAUGCACAAGAAGUUCAUCGAUCAAUCUUUAUUCUUAUUACAAUACACAGAAUUCCAAUUUUCAAAAAAGCAUGAAAUCUUAAUCUUCCAUUUAUUACUAUUCGUACAUAUACGAGUUGGUUGAAAUCACCACCAUGAAAACCAACACUAUUUGAAGUAUAAAUUUUGGGAGUCACGUUUGCAUAUAUUUAACAUAUCUUAUUCAUUUCAAUUAUAAAGAUCUUCAAUUGGCCAAUAUUGUUUUGGUAGUUCAUUGUAAUAUUUUCAACGUUUUAUCUAAUUUUUGAACUGACAAUUUACAUAUCAAUCGACUGAUACAUGAGCAUUGUUAAUAUCCCUUUCAUAACGGAAAAGUAUUUAUCUUUUAUGAUGCAUACAAUUAGGUUCAAAUUUGUAACUUAUGAGACAUCUUGCGUUUAAUUAUUGGGAAAAGAAAGAUAUCUUUGUCAGUGCUAUUGUUUAUUGUUAUUGAUUGUUAGCUAAGAUUGUUACCAAACUAACUGUAGUCUCUGUGUUCUCGAGAAAAUAAGCAAUUUAUGAAUGUAUUGUUAACGUUUUAUUUACUUUGCGAAUGAAAGUUAAUAAAUUUUUGAAAUCCCUAUCCUAAACUAUAUUUUUUUUCUCGCUUUUCGAGUUAUUAUAAACUGAAUGAUAUAUAUGGUCAAAACCUUGGUAUAAGGACUUCGAUUGACAGAUGUUACAAUAAUUCUAUUUAUAUUAUUUAACUGUAAUAUCUUUUAACUCUAUGAAUUAAAGUUAUAACUUGGAAA